AUGGAAAGGGCCAUGGCCAACGUUGACCUAGGACCUUAUCGGCGAAUUGUGCAAAUAUUCUGGGACCCCGAGCCCACUAACGAUGUCGUCCAUGAUCAACCAGUCUGGUGUUUGGGACGCUCCUAUCGGCUGAACGGCAAGAAGAACACCAAGGCCGACGACCACCACCCGCAGACACCACCAUCGGUACUAAAGGCUGAAACAGAAACUCAAGAAGCCCACGACACAGCUCAACCGCCUAAUCCACCAACAAAUGCACCCGACACACCUCCGGACUCGAUAUCGAGUAGCUUCUCUUCAUCACUGGCAUAUGAUGACCCGGUGGUCGACGGGGGAUGGCCAUCUGGGUUCAUAAGCGAUUUCGAAUCCAAGAUAUGGAUGACGUACCGAUCUGAGUUCGAGCCCAUCCCCCGUUCCACCAAUCCGCAAGCUACAUCCGCACUUUCAUUGUCCAUGAGACUCAAGAGUCAACUUGGAGACCAAAGUCCGUUUUCUUCGGACAGUGGGUGGGGAUGCAUGAUUCGUUCAGGACAAAGUAUGCUCGCAAACACCAUAGCCAUGGUCCGCCUAGGCAGAGCUUCGUUCGACAUGGCGCCAGUGCCUGUGGCAAAUACCCUGGCGAGUGGUUUGGGCCAUCAGCGACAGCCCGUUGUAUACACAUUGACAAACUCCCACGAGUCCUCAAUCAGAGUAUACUCAACUGGUGAUGGACCCGAUGUGUAUGAGGACGAACUCAUGCAAAUUGCAAAGCCGCCAGGCGAAGACUUCCAUCCCACACUCGUUGGUCGUCCAUCAUCAUCCCACUACUUUAUCGGCGCGCAAGGAUCUUUCCUUUUCUACCUUGAUCCUCAUCAUACAAGAGUAGCCCUUCCAUAUCGCGAAGACCCCAUCGAAUACACCAGCGAAGAGAUCGCAUCGUGCCACACCCCUCGUCUGCGCCGCAUCCAUGUCCGUGAGAUGGAUCCCAGUAUGCUGAUAGGCUUCUUGAUCCAGAAUGAGGUUGACUGGCAAGAACUGAAGCGAAAUGUCAAGCAUGUGCAAGGCAAGUCAAUUAUACAUAUAACAGACCGAAACGCGGUCCUUGGAGGUUCAAGCGAGGGCCGAGAAAGCGCCAUUGACGAAGUUGAAACGUUGAGCGAUGAUGAUACGGAUACCAUUCAUGAGGCAUAG